UUAACAAGAAACAACUCCGAUCUCUGCACGCAGACUCCGGCCGCCGUACGGUCCGUACAUAGCUCCGCCGGAAAAAAAAAAAGAUAACCGUACGGGUGUCGGAAUAUGGUCAUUAACACGACGAGGACGAACGUGAGUUAUGUGGUGGACGAGUCGCGUUACGGGAAAAUCGUGUGUUACCCGCAAGAAUUUCUGUUCGAGAAGAGAGAGCAGAAGGCGUGGGAGAGCGGGAGCACCAUGGCUUCCGCUCUCCCUUUCCUCGUAACGCAGCUCUUGGUGUCCAAUCUUAGCUAUCGCGUUAUCUACUACUUGACCCGACCCCUCUAUCUACCUCCUUUCGUGGCUCAAAUCCUGUGCGGUUUGCUGUACAGCCCGAGCGUGUUAGGGAACAAAGGGUUCAUCAUUCAGUACGUAUUCCCGUACAGAUUCACUAUGAUCCUCGAGACCUUUGCCAACUUGGCUCUCGUCUACAACAUCUUCCUCCUCGGACUCGGUAUGGACCUUCGCAUGGUCAGACUGACCGAGCUCAAGCCCCUCGUCAUCGCCGCCGCCGGUCUCCUUGUCUCCUUACCCGUCGGCAUCAUUCUCUACUUCUUGCCCGGAAACGGUGCCGAAGACAAGAUUCUCGCAGGUUCUGUCUUCUGGGCCGUGGCUCUUUCUUGCACCAACUUCCCUGAUCUCGCUCGGAUUCUUGCCGAUCUUAAGCUGCUCCGAACCGACAUGGGAAAGAUAGCGAUGUCUUCGGCCAUUGUUACCGAUGUCUGCACCUGGGUUCUUCUUGUUUUGGGAUUCUCUGUCUUCAGUAAAGCUGGAACGUUGAACAAGAUGAUGCCCUUCGUCCUCCUUUCCACCGGAGGCUUCGCCCUCUUCUGCAUAUUCGUGAUCCGACCCACCAUCGCCUGGUUCUUCUCGAGAACUGCGAAAACAGGCCAUACAGCCGACAGCCACAUCUGGUUCAUCCUCUCGGGCGUCGUUUUCUGCGGCCUCGUCACCGAUGCUUGCGGCACACACUCCAUCACAGGGGCCUUCCUCUUCGGCCUCUCCAUCCCUCACGACCAUCUCAUCAGAAACAUGAUCGAAGAGAAGCUUCAUGACUUCCUCUCCGGGAUCUUGAUGCCUCUUUUCUACAUCAUUUGCGGGUUAAGAGCCGAUUUACAGUACAUGCUUGCGUUCACUGAUCCCGUGAUUAUGGCUGUGGUUAUUACCUCAUCGUUUUCCUUGAAGAUUCUGACAACAGUCAUUGUCUCCUUGUUCAUGCGAAUGCCCGCCAGAGAUGCUCUGGCUCUCGGCUGUCUUAUGAACACUAAGGGAAUUUUAGCACUCGUGGUCCUCAACGCCGGUCGUGACACCAAGGCGUUGGAUAGUCCGAUGUACACUCACAUGACCGUCGUGUUUCUGGUGAUGUCGCUGAUAGUGGAACCACUUCUUGCCUUUGCGUAUAAACCCAAGAAGCCGUUGGUCCAUUACAAGCACCGUACGAUUCAGAGAGUCAAAGGAGAGACAGAGUUCCGUGUCAUGGCGUGCGUCCAUGCCCUUCCCAACGUCUUUGGAAUAACCAAUCUCUUGCAAACCUCGCACCGGAGGAAGCAAUCGCCUCUCAACGUCUUCGCCAUCCAUCUCGUGGAGCUGACGGGACGGACCACGGCCUCCAUGCUCAUCAUGAACGAUGAAUGCAAGCCCAAGGCCAACUUCUCCGACCGUGUCAGAGCUCAGUCCGACCAGAUUGCUGAGUCAUUCGAGACUUUGGAGUUGCAUGACGAUGGGGUUAUGGUCCAGACCAUCACGGCCGUGUCUCCUUACACGACGAUGCACGAGGACAUAUGUGCGCUUGCCGAGGACAAACGUGUGUGCUUCAUCAUAUUGCCAUACCACAAGCAAAUGACAUCAGAUGGUCGAAUGGGCGAGGGGAACGCCUCUCAUGCCGAUAUCAACCAAAACGUGCUAAACCACGCGCCUUGCUCGGUUGGGAUAUUAGUGGACCGUGGCAUGGGCAUGGUUCGGACCGAGUCAUUUCCGGCAUUGCCCCCGAAGACCCAGGUAGCGAUGCUCUUCGUGGGCGGAGCCGACGACCGAGAGGCCUUGUCCUACGCUUGGAGAAUGGUCGGUCAAGACACGGUCAAACUCACUCUCCUGAGAUUCGUCCCUGGCCGGGACGCGUUGGUGUUGGCCGGGAAGGCCGCAGUAGCUUACGAAAAGGAGAAACAGGUGGACGACGAGUGCAUAUACGAGUUCAACUUCAAGACCACGGACGACUCUUCCGUGACUUACAUCGAAAAGGUAGUCAACGACGGACAGGGCACGAUAGCGACGAUACGAGAGAUGGAAGACAGACACUCGUACGAUCUCUACAUUGUCGGAAGGGGAUGCAACGAUAAUUCUCCCGUGACGGAUGGUUUGACGGAUUGGAGCAGCAGUCCUGAGCUAGGGAGCAUAGGGGACACGCUCGCUUCUUCCAAAUUCACCAUGCACGCUUCGGUUCUUGUCAUUCAGCAAUACUCCGCCACGAACCGGCAUGGUCGGGUUGCGGCUGCGGCGGCGGCCGACGGAGGCGGCGACGGAGAAGGGGACGAGAAAGAACCGGUGAAGACUCCGCGUGAUGCAGAGCCGUUCAUGAAGUCUAUAUACGAUGAAGAUGACGAAGAAGAAGAAUACAAGUUCGCCAUUCACAAGUGAAGAGUUUUUCUCUGGCGAAAUUUUAAAAAAGAAAACACUCACAUUUAGUUAUGUUUCUUGGAUGUUAUAAUCCCAGCACUUUGGAGAAAUUUCUCAAAUAUUGUAUUUUGAAUA